AUGCGGUCAUCGUCCGCCCUUCUCUCCCUCCUCGUGUCCCUCCCUUUCGUGUUCGCCGAGCCCAAAUUCACAGUACCAGCAGCCGGCGCAUCGCUGCCAGCGGGAGCCAUCACCGUUACUUGGACAGAUGCUGGAGCUGCGCCCUCGAUAUCUGAUCUCAGUUCCUACCAACUGUUUCUAUUUACUGGGUCGAAUGCCUCGCCCGUCCAACUAGAGAACCUGGCAACUGAUGGUACUUUCACCUCCGGCAACACGAUAACUGCCACCAUCUCCCCCGGUAUAGGAGGAGAAACUCCUAAGAAUGCAUACUUCCUGGGAAUGAUCGCUACCGCGACGGCAGGAGGAACGCUUCGUGUAUAUUCCGACCGAUUUACCCUCACCGGAAUGACGGGUGUCUUUACUCCAGAAGUACAAACUGCGCUUGAGGGUGUAACUGGCACCGCUGGGCCGCCAGCUGUGAAUAAUGUCGCUGCUGCUGCUCCUGCUGCUGGAACAACAGCGGUCGAGGAUGGCGUAUAUGGAACCCCAUUUAAUCUACAAACUGGCCCGACGAGAUACGCUCCUAUGCAGCCAGUUCCUGGCACCAAGAUCACUGCUACCAACACAAAACCUUUGUACUCGACCUCCUCGGUUGUCUUGGCCACUACAUAUUUACCUUUGCCGACUAUCUCGACUACUGUCACCCAAGCCCAAACAUUCUCCGUUGCUAGUCAUCCCAACUCGGCUCCAGCUGCGUCACAACCUACCGACGAUAUGCAGAGAUUCCUGAAUCGCUGGAAGGAUUAA